AUGUUCAGCGAGGCCUUGAGAGGCGCGUGUAGCCAAGCCAGCCUCCACUGCGAGCCGACACAAUCUCUCUGUCGCCCCAGACCCUUCCCUCCCGACCCGCCUUCAGAUGGGACCGCGGAGCCUUACUUUCCGCUGAGCGAGCAGUACGUGACGCAGCAGGAAAUCUCCUUCUGCGCCCUCGGCAGCCUGACGAUGGUAAUGAACGCCUUGGGAGUCGAUCCGAGGCGCAGGUGGAGGGAUGAGUCUGGACCUGGCUGGCGGUGGUGGGACGACGAGAUGUUCACCGAGGGCGCGUGCCUGCCGAGCCUUGACGACCUGCGGCGCGAGGGCGCCGGCCUCGCCGAGUUCGCCGUCCUCGCCGCCGCCAACGGUGCUGCCGUCAACUCGCAGCACGCCGAGGCGUCGAGCGAGCGCUCCUUCCGCAAAGCGCUCGCCGCGGCGGCUCGGCUCAGCGACUCCUUUGUGGUCGUCAACUUUGACCGCUCCGCCCUCGGGCAGACCGGCUGCGGCCACUUCUCCCCUGUCGCCGGCUACCACGCGGCGUCCGACUCGGUUUUGGUUUUGGACGUCGCUCGCUUCAAAUACCCGCCGUUCUGGGUGCCGGUGCCGGCGCUGUGGGAGGCGACGCGCUCCUUCGACGCUGACGCCGGCGCGAGCCGCGGUUGGCUUCGGCUGUCCGCGUGGGACGGCACGUCGUGCUCGCGGCUCGGGGCGUCGGAGACGACGUCGGCACGGCUGGGCGUUUGCUAG